UCAUUAUCGUCUGGUGAGGAAAAAAGACUGUUCAAGAAAGAACCACGGAGCAACAUUUUCGGGGUGCGCAAUUACAAUCCGGAAAUUCCUAGUGUAAUCGGUUAACCCUCGGCCGGAGUGUACUUCCGUUCGGUAGCAGCCAUUACAGAUUCCCCCUGGCAGCAGAUUUUCCUAUCUUGAUCCGCACAUAGACUUCAAUCAACUUCCUUGUCCCGUUUCCACAAUCUGUAGCAAAUCAACAGAAAAGCAAAAUGUUCAUCUGGGAUUGGUUCACCGGUGUUCUAGGAUACUUGGGUCUCUGGAAAAAAUCCGGCAAGUUGCUCUUCCUCGGGCUGGACAAUGCCGGUAAAACAACGCUGCUGCACAUGCUCAAGGACGACCGGCUAGCUCAGCACGUACCCACGUUACAUCCGACGUCCGAGGAACUGUCGAUCGGUAACAUGAGAUUCACCACAUUCGAUCUGGGUGGUCACACACAGGCCCGACGUGUCUGGAAGGACUACUUCCCGGCGGUGGACGCCAUUGUGUUCCUGAUCGAUGCCUACGACCGGAACCGUUUCAUCGAGAGCAAGAACGAGCUGGACUCGCUGCUGACGGACGAGGCCCUGUCCAACUGCCCGGUGCUGAUCCUGGGCAACAAAAUCGACAAACCCGGCGCGGCCAGCGAGGACGAGCUGCGAAAUUGCUUCGCCCUGUACCAACUGACCACCGGCAAGGGCAAGGUUGCACGUAACGAGCUGCCCGGCCGCCCCCUGGAACUGUUCAUGUGUUCCGUGCUGAAACGGCAGGGCUAUGGAGAAGGUUUCCGCUGGCUCGCCCAAUACAUCGACUAAUCGGAUAGCGAAGCGUAUAGCAAAUAGGAAGUGGUGUUCGUCUUAGCUAGAGGCCAAGUUUUCAAACUUUACCGAGGGACAACAACGAUGAUGGUGGUCUACUAGAAGCAUAGAAUAAAAAACAACAUCCCUUGCAUGGCGGUGACAGCUGGUGUUGCUUCCGUUGCUACCACCCUAUUUAUCAGAAAAUCACAUACACCGAGUAAUAGAGAGGACCGAUAGCAGCGAUUAGAUCGAAUCCAUUAGGAACAGAUAGUAUGGGGCGUGCGUGAGGACGUUUGUCGGGCAUAGGGAUUAAUAAGUAUUUAGGGAUGCGUGAUAUUUAAUAAAAAAAAAUAGUUGAAACCAAUUUAAAACAAACCGAUCAUAUUGAAUCACAUUAAAAAAGCAGAACAAUGGAAAUAGGGAAUAGUUCAAACCAACAAAAGCAUUCAGAUAUUUUCCGAAUUAAGGUUCCAAACUCUACUUAAAGCAAAAGGGGAAAAAACAUUGAUUGGUGGAACGUUUCACGCUAAAGCUAUCAGUAACAUUUUUGUUCAUUUGUUGUCUUAAGUUGUAUUUGUAGAAAGAUUUGUUUAUAUUUCUUUUUUUGCAUUAAAAUCAAGUGUUGAAAAACGCUGCUGCAGUUUGUGUGCUUGCCGUUCGGCAUUUAAUUCUUCUGGGGUUUCCUCAGAGCUUAACUAUAAACCGGGAAUUCUAGUUUUUCCAAGGGUUCUUGUACCUAAUAUGGAAGCUAGGAUUACUAAACAAAAGACAUCCUGUAUGAAAACUUGUCAGAAUGGGAGAAAAUUUGAACUUGAAAAAACAAUUCAUUCAGUAUCAACCAACUACAAUAGAAACAACAACUGGAACGGUGAUCGCACGUUGGUUUAUUUUAAAUAAUUGAAUUUCAAUCCGAACUUGGGGCAGCGAAUAUAAAUCUAACAGAAUCGCGAUCAACCAGAAGAAUUGGAAAAGAAGCAAAAUCAUUAAAAUUACUAUAUAUACCGAUCAAUAAAACAACUCCACAAUUUUUAGAUAUAAAA